AUGAAAGGCCUGUCCAGUAGUCGGAGUCACCAUCAUGUGGUCUCCUACGAACCAUCGUAUGAUCCACUGGGUCACCAUGUUGACUGCAAGCCAUAUUUGAUCAGUCAGAAUGACAUGCCUGUACCCAUUCCCAUGCCGCAUCCAGCUGAGCUGCCCUACUACAAUGCUCAGCGUACCUCGUACCCCUCUGACAGCAACAGCAUCGUCCCAUACGGAACCUUCCCAAGGAGGUGCCACUCCACCUCCUCAUCUCACCAUCCUGAGGUAAAGGAUGAGUGUAUGGCCAUGGUACCAUAUGUAGGAGGAGGAGGGGGAGGAGGAGGUGGAGGGGGCUAUGGAGGUAAAACGCCCACCCGGGUACCAGCAAACUUUGCAGACCCGUUUGAGCAUCAGCCAUCAUUUUCCAGAGAUGGUUACCAUACACUGCAGUACAAACGAGGAGUGUUGGCCAACAGUGGGGGGAUGGGGGCCAACAACAACAACAGUGACAGCCCAGGGAGAAUUCGCCACCUGGUCCACUCAGUCCAAAAACUCUUCACCAAGUCACAUUCAUUGGAGGGGCCACACCACACACAGUCCACCAAGGGGGCCAAUAAUGGGAGCGUUAAUGGUGGUGGUGGUGGUGGUGGUGUAGGAGGUGGUGGUGGUGGUUCAAGGGCCAGCCCAGAAGGUGAAACUCCACCAGUGGGAGUGCGCCACCGGAAGCGCAGCAAGAGUCGUGAACGCUGUCGAUCAGCGGAGCCCAAGCAUCGAACAUCUGCUCCGGGCUCCGGAUAUUGGAGCUCAGAUGACAACCUGGAACGGGAGCUGUGUCUCUACCACCCUCACCACCACCAACCUCCACCCUCACCCUCCAUUUCCCCCUCGCCCAUUGCCAUGACAAUGGGCCGGUACCCCGGCAAUAAUCCUGACAAGUUCCCCCAGACACCCCUCCCCAGUCUCUCCUCCUCACAGUCCCAGCAGUACUUCAUGAUGGACCCUUACGCCACACUCAACGAGCACACACACGCCCACACUCACCAUGUCCACACACACCACCAUUCUGCACUCAAAGCCUCCCGGAGCAACAACGAUGUGAAGUAUGCAGCUGGCCCCUUGCUGCCACUGGGCCUUGUGGACGGGCCCCUUGUGAAGAAAGGGGCAUGGUCGUCGAGCCUAACGGUGAGCAGGGCCCGAGAGGUCUACACCAACAACAGCAGCCACAACCAGCUACGGUCCAGCGCAGGAGCCGGUAACCUAAACCUAGAUAGAGCUCUAGUCAAAUCUAAGGGCAGUCAGCAGCAGGAGCGCUCUUGCCAUUUCUUACAGGUACCUCAGGAUGAGUGGAGCGGCUUCUCUCCGUUGGGGAAGGAGGACGACAUCCCCUGUCGGAGGAUGAGGAGCGGCAGCUAUGUCAAAGCCAUGGCGGAGGACGACAGUGGAGACUCUGAUGGGAGUCCUAAACCCUCUCCCAAGAUCCAGGCACGCCGGGCCAGCUACCUGAAAGCCACACAGCCAUCACUGACUGAGAUGACCACUCUGCAGAUUUCGACAGAGCACUCCCCCAAACUUCAGAUCCGGAGCCACAGUUACCUGCGUGCGGUGAGUGAGGUUUCAAUCAAUAGAAGCCUGGAUACCCUGGACCCCAAAACCCUCCUCGACCCCAAAUCGCUGCUGUCCUCACCCCAAUACCGCUCUCGAAAUGAAAGCUACAUGAGGGCCAUGAGCACCAUCAGUCAGUUAAGCGAGGUGGAGGUGAACGGGCAGAUUGAGCAGGUGUGUGAGCAGGUCUACAGCGAGAUGCAAGCCCAGGCCAUGGAGGCUGCCAUGGACAGCAUGGAUACCAUGGACACCUUGCCAAUGCCAGGAUGCUUCCGGAUGCGAAGCCACAGCUACGUGAGGGCGAUCGACCAGGGCUGUGCUGGGGAGGAGGAGGGAGAAGGAGGGAGGCCGUUGCUCCUGCUGCCAUCCUCCCCACCACGCACAUCUGCCACCACUGUAAGAACCAUCCAGAGCAGCACAGUUUCAUCUUGCAUCACCACCUAUAAGAAGACCCCUCCACCAGUGCCGCCCAGAACCUCGACCUGCUCCACAGCCUCCAAACCCUACAUCUCCAUCACAGCCCAGAGCAGCACAGAGUCCGCACAGGAUGCAUACAUGGAAGAGGAGGGACCCAGAGGUGACAUGACCAUCCAAUCAGGGCUCAGUAACUCAACAGAAAGCAUUGACAGCAUGAAGGCCUUGACAGCUGCCAUAGAAGCUGCUAAUGCACAGGUCCAUGGACCAGCCAGUCAACAUGUCAGUAACAGCACCAUGACAGUCAGCAACCCCACUCCCUCAAUCUUGUGCAGGAGGCCAGUUGUUGAAGACCACCACGUUGACUACAGAAAAGACGCACUCAGGAAGGGCAAAUGUCUCUCCAUAGGCAUCCAGGUGGAUGGACCAGAGGAGAUUCCGGAUCCAGAAGACCCCUCAAAGUUCACCUCUGUGGGGGUGCAAGUGGAGGAUGACAGAGGGUAUCGUCGAUUCCAGCGCUCCAACAGUGUGACAGCAGCUGUACAGGCAGAUCUGGACAUGCCGGACCUGCUGGACACCCCUCUAGACUCCCCUGACACUGACAUGGAAGUCCUGUCAUCUGGUGCCAUAUCACGACAAUACUCUCGUGAUGCCGCCACCUCCACUGUCAGCAUCCAGGGCUCAGGGAACCACUACCACGCCUGUGCCUCUGAUGACUAUGACGAUGUGGGCUUUGACCCAUCCAUCCUCCCCCCUCCAGACCCUUGGAUAGACAGUGUUACAGAUGACCCACUUGAUGUGGUGCAGAGGUCAGUAUGUCAGAGAGAUGGACGCUGGUUUCUGAAACUGCUGCAGGCAGAGACUGACCGCAUGGAGGGCUGGUGUCGACAGAUGGAGCUCGACCAACGAGAGAAUGCCCUGCCUGAAGAUAUCCUCGGAAAGAUGAGGAGCGCUGUAGGAAGUGCUCAGCUUCUCAUAUCCCAGAAGUUCCAGCAGUUCAGGGAGCUGUGUGAGGAGAAUCUGAACCCCAACGCCCACCCUCGACCUGUGGCCUCAGACCUGGCUGGUUUCUGGGAUAUGCUUCAGCUAUCAAUCGAGAACAUUAGCCUCAAGUUUGAUGAGCUUCACCAGCUCAGAGCAAACAACUGGAGACCCUUGGAUCCCCCUGAGAGAAAGGAGAGGCGACUCCCACCUCCAGUGCCAAAAAAGCCACCCAAGGGCCCCCACCACCACCCCCCUCUGGCCAGAGAUCGCUCACUGGAGAGCUCAGAGAAGCAGCGGCAGGAGGCCAGGAAGCGCCUGAUGGCGGCCAAGAGAGCUGCAUCCGUACGGCAAAACUCUGCUACGGAGAGUGCUGACAGCAUCGAGAUCUACAUACCUGAGGCUCAAACAAGGCUAUGA